UAAAGACACCAAAAAGCAAAAGCACUAACAAAUAAAAUUUUAUUAUCUUGAACUUUGUCAUCACCAUUCUUUUCUUCUUCUCAGGGCAACUUCUUGCCUUUGCCUUUGCCCCACCCUUCACUCAAAGCAUCUCUUUUCCACCCAUAGAUAAAAGGGUAUUAAAACAAAGAAAAACAAAUGAUGAUAGCAAAUUUGGUUUCCUUUGUUGCUAUUCCUACUGCAGUUGCUGGUGCUACCCAAAAAACCAAAGGAAAAAAGCCCAGAAAACCCAACGUUGUUAGUGAAGAAGAAGAAGUUAGUGGAUCGGGUUCAUGGCGAGCUCGAGCGGGACGAAGAGCCAUCUGCCUCGGGCGCCUUCAAGGAGGAUGACUAGGGCUCAAACUAUGAUGGUGGAUAUUCCCAAUGAGGAUAACAGCACAGCGGAUAGUGAGCUGGUCCCUUCCAGCUUGGCUUCCAUUGCCCCUAUUCUACGUGCCGCCAAUGAAAUCGAAUGGGAUAACCCAAGAGUCGCUUAUCUCUGCCGUUUUCAUGCAUUUGAGAAGGCUCACAAAAUGGAUCCAACUUCGAGUGGACGUGGUGUUCGCCAGUUUAAGACUUAUCUGUUGCAUAGACUUGAGAGGGAGGAAGAAGAGACAGUACCUAAACUUGCGAAAAACGAUCCAAGAGAAAUUCAGUUGUAUUAUCAGCAGUUUUAUUUGAAAAAUAUUGCAGAGGGCCAAUAUACAAAGAAACCGGAGGAGAUGGCUAAAAUUAUUCAGAUUGCUUCAGUGUUGUAUGAUGUGCUGAGGACAGUGGUGCCUGCUGUGAGAGUUGACGAGGAGACUGAGAGAUAUGCUAAAGAAGUUGAGAAGAAAAAGGAGCAAUUUGAACACUAUAACAUUCUUCCACUAUAUGCUGUUGGGGUUAAACCAGCUAUUAUGGAACUUCCUGAGAUUAAAGCAGUACUUCAUUCUAUACGAAAUGUGGAAGGUCUCCCUAUGCCCUGGGUUCAUAUGCCAUCCAAUGCUUCUAAUGAUAAACCUCAAGAGAGGGUUAAACAAGUAAAUGAUAUACUUGAUUGGCUUUCUUUCCUCUUUGGAUUUCAGAAAGGAAAUGUAGCAAAUCAAAGAGAGCACUUGAUACUAUUGCUUGCCAAUAUUGAUGUUAGGAAGAAAGAGAAAUUUGAAGAUUACAUUGCGCUGAAUGAUAACACUAUACAAAGGUUGAUGGAUAGGAUUUUCAAGAAUUAUCGUUCAUGGUGCAACUAUUUGCGUUGUAAGACACACUUGAGGUUUCAACGAAAUUGUGAUAGACAACAGCUGGAGCUUAUCUAUAUUUCUCUUUAUCUCCUUAUCUGGGGUGAAGCUUCAAAUAUCCGAUUCAUGCCUGAAUGCAUUAGCUACAUAUUCCAUAAUAUGGCAAAUGAGGUUUACGGAGUUCUAUUUGGCAAUGUAUAUCGUGUGAGUGGGGAGACAUAUCAAACUGUACCAGAUGAUGAAUCAUUUUUAAGGGAUGUUAUAUCCCCUAUCUAUGCAGUCCUCCUAAAGGAAGUCAAGAGAAACAAAGGAGGCAAGGCAAGCCACUCAAAAUGGAGAAACUAUGAUGACCUAAAUGAGUACUUUUGGUCUGGGAAGUGUUUUCAGUUGAAGUGGCCAAUGGACUUGAAAUCAGAUUUUUUUGUGCAUUCAGAUGAACCGCUACCUGCAAAUGAGAGACAUAAUGAAGUCACUGUUGGGAAGAGAAAGCCUAAAACUAAUUUUGUUGAAGCUCGAACAUUUUGGCACCUUUACAGAAGUUUUGACCGAAUGUGGAUAUUCUUUAUAAUGGCUUUUCAGGUGCCUUUCUGCAUGCACUUUUUGUUUCUUACUAUUUUUCUGAAAGAAUUUACUCCAUCAUUAUAUUGUGGUAUUCAGGCUAUGCUAAUUGUUGCAUGGAAUUCUGGAUCUCUUCUUGGCUUUUUUGAUGAAGAUGUGUUCAGAAGUGUGUUGACUAUUUUCAUUACUGCUGCGUUUCUCAAUUUUCUGCAAGUUACUUUGGAUAUAAUUCUUAGUCUCAACGCCUGGAGAAGCUUGAAAAUUACCCAAAUACUCCGGUACCUUCUGAAAUUUGCCGUAGCAGCUUUCUGGGCAGUGGUUUUGCCAAUUGGUUAUUCUAGCUCUGUACAGAACCCAACAGGUCUUGUAAAAUUCUUCAGCAGUUGGGCUAAAGAUUGGCGAAAUGAGUCUUUUUAUAAUUAUGCUGUUGCAAUAUAUUUGAUACCCAAUAUACUAGCUGCUAUAAUGUUUCUACUUCCACCUUUACGAAAAUCCAUGGAGCGCUCAAACUGGCGAAUUAUCACUUUUAUUAUGUGGUGGGCUCAGCCAAAAUUGUAUGUAGGAAGAGGCAUGCACGAGGACUUCUUCUCACUUCUGAAGUAUACAAUGUUUUGGAUUCUGCUACUAAUCAGCAAGCUAGCAUUCAGCUACUAUGUGGAGAUACUGCCUCUAAUUCAACCGACGAAGAUAAUCAUGGAUUUGCAUGUGGAUAAUUAUCAGUGGCAUGAAUUCUUUUCGGAAGUAGUAACUCAUAACAUUGGAGUCGUUAUUGCAAUUUGGUCUCCUAUUGUCCUGGUUUAUUUUAUGGAUGCUCAAAUAUGGUAUGCCAUAUUUUCUACUCUUUUUGGUGGGAUUCAUGGUGCUUUCAGCCAUUUGGGUGAGAUACGGACGUUGGGGAUGUUGCGAUCUAGAUUUGAAUCUGUUCCGGCAGCCUUUUGUCGUCGUCUUGUUCCAUCAACAAAUCAGUAUGACAGAAAAAAGCAUCUGGAUGAGGCAGCAGAAAGAAAGAAUAUUGCAAGUUUUUCUCUUGUUUGGAAUAAGUUCAUACAUUCUAUGCGGAUGCAGGAUCUGAUCAGCAAUAGGGAUAGAGAUUUGCUACUCGUACCAUCUUCAUCAAGUGAUGUCUCUGUUGUCCAGUGGCCCCCUUUCUUGCUUGCUAGCAAGAUUCCUAUUGCAUUAGACAUGGCAAAAGAUUUUAAAAAAAAGGAUGAUGCAGAGUUAUUUAAGAAGAUAGCAGCUGAUGAUUAUAUGUAUUCAGCGGUUAUAGAAUGUUACCAGACUCUCAGAGAUAUAAUACUUAACCUUGUGGUGGAUGCAGCAGAUAAUAUUCUUGUUGGUCGGAUUUGUUAUGAAGUGGAGACUAGCAUACAACAGCGGAGCUUUUUGAAGGACUUUCGGAUGAGUGGGCUGCCAUCACUCAGUAAUAGGUUGGAGAAGUUUCUAAAGAACUUGAUUUCUGAUGUUGAAGAUUAUGAUACAUUCAAUUCUCAGAUAAUCAAUGUCCUGCAGGAUAUCAUUGAAAUUAUUACACAGGAUGUUAUGGUCCAUGGCAAUGGAAUCUAUGAAAGAGCUCACCCACAUGGUAGAAGCGAUCAACAUGACAAGGAGCAGAGGUUUGAAAAGUUAAAUAUUACGCUUAUAGAACAUAAAGUGUGGAAGGAAAAGAUCAAUAGGCUUUAUUUGCUUUUGACUGUUAAAGAAUCUGCUAUAAAUGUCCCUCCAAAUUUGGAAGCUCGGCGCCGCAUCACAUUUUUUGCAAACUCCUUAUUUAUGAAUAUGCCAAGCGCCCCAAAAGUUCGUGAUAUGCUUUCCUUUAGUGUUUUGACUCCAUACUACAAAGAAGAUGUACUUUAUUCAGAUGAGGAACUCACUAAGGAAAAUGAGGAUGGAAUCUCAAUUCUUUUUUACCUACAGAGAAUAUAUCCAGAUGAAUGGAAUAACUUUCUGGAGCGUAUGCAUAAUGUUGGAAUCAAAGAUGAGAAUGAGAAGGCUCAUAGGAACGAGGAAAUUCGAAAGUGGGUAUCUUAUAGAGGACAGACACUCUCCAGAACAGUGAGAGGGAUGAUGUACUAUAGGCAGGCUCUGGAACUCCAAUACUUUCUAGAAAUUUCAGGAGACUCUGUAGUUUUGGGAGGUCCUGAGGUCUUUGAGGAGGAUCUGGGAUAUUACAGAGGGCAAGUACCAGCAUUGGCCAAUGCAAGAGAGCAAGCACAAGCAUUGGCCAAUAUGAAGUUCACCUACAUUGUUUCCUGUCAGGUCUAUGGGGCUCAGAAAAAGUCUACUAAUGCACGAGAUCGAAGUUGUUACCUGAACAUUCUAAAUCUCAUGUUAACGUAUCCAUCUUUGCGUGUUGCUUAUAUCGAUGAAAGAGAGGAGACAGUGAAAAAGCCAUCUCAGAAGGAAGAAAGGGAGGAGACGGUGAAAAAAACAUCUCAGAAGGAUGAAAGAGAGGAGACAGUGGAAAAAACAUCUCAGAAGGUUUAUUAUUCUGUUCUUGUCAAAGGAGGUGAAAAAUUGGACGAGGAAAUCUACCGCAUCAAACUACCAGGUCCCCCGACAGAAAUCGGCGAAGGGAAGCCUGAAAAUCAAAAUCAUGCAAUUAUUUUUACUCGUGGAGAAGCCCUACAGACCAUAGACAUGAAUCAGGAUAAUUAUUUUGAAGAGGCUUAUAAAAUGAGAAAUGUUUUGGAGGAAUUUGUAAAACAUCGCCAUAAUCAGAGAAAGCCAUCAAUAUUGGGUCUAAGGGAGCAUAUAUUUACUGGAAGUGUUUCCUCGCUAGCUUGGUUCAUGUCCAAUCAAGAGACUAGUUUUGUAACUAUCGGGCAACGGAUUUUAGCAAAUCCUCUGAGGGUAAGGUUCCAUUAUGGUCAUCCUGAUAUAUUUGACAGAAUCUUCCAUAUAACAAGAGGUGGCAUAAGCAAAGCUUCAAAAAUUAUUAAUUUAAGCGAGGAUAUAUUUGCUGGGUUCAAUUCUACUUUGCGCGGAGGUUACGUAACACACCAUGAAUACAUCCAAGUCGGUAAAGGGCGCGAUGUUGGCAUGAAUCAGAUAUCUGCUUUUGAGGCAAAGGUUGCCAAUGGAAAUGGAGAGCAGACACUUAGCCGCGAUGUUUAUCGGCUUGGACGUCGGUUUGAUUUCUAUAGAAUGUUAUCAUUCUACUUUACAACUGUGGGCUUCUAUUUCAGUAGCAUGGUUACAGUCCUUACAGUUUAUGUAUUCUUAUAUGGACGUUUAUACAUGGUUAUGAGUGGAAUAGAAGCAGAGAUUCUUGAGAAUGCAACCAUACGCCAGAGCAAGGCCCUUGAAGAAGCUUUGGCUACACAGUCUGUCUUCCAGCUUGGCUUGUUGCUGGUGCUGCCAAUGGUUAUGGAAAUUGGCCUGGAAAAAGGGUUUCGUACUGCUCUGGGCGACUUUAUCAUCAUGCAGCUACAGCUGGCCUCUGUAUUCUUUACUUUCCAGCUUGGUACAAAAGCACAUUAUUAUGGAAGAACUAUCUUGCAUGGAGGUUCUAAAUAUCGAGCUACCGGUCGUGGCUUUGUUGUUUUUCAUGCAAAGUUUGCAGCUAACUACAGGCUGUAUUCCAGAAGUCAUUUUGUAAAAGGGUUGGAGCUUCUUAUUCUCUUGGUCCUAUAUGAAGUUUAUGGUGAAUCCUAUCGGAAUUCAAGCCUUUAUUGGUUCAUCACAAUCUCCAUGUGGUUCCUGGUUGGAUCCUGGCUGUUUGCCCCUUUUGUGUUUAAUCCAUCUGGUUUUGAAUGGCAGAAAACAGUGGAUGACUGGACAGAUUGGAAGAGGUGGAUGGGAAAUCGCGGUGGUAUUGGUAUCCACCCUGAUAAUAGUUGGGAAUCAUGGUGGGAAGAAGAACAAGAACACCUCAAAUUCACAAAUAUUAGGGGAAGGAUGCUUGAGAUUAUCCUAGUGUGUCGUUUCUUUGUUUACCAGUAUGGUAUCGUCUACCACCUUGAUAUAGCUCAUCACAGAAAAAGCGUACUGGUUUAUGGACUUUCUUGGCUAGUUAUGGUUACGGCUCUUCUGGUGUUAAAGAUGGUAUCAAUGGGUAGGCGAAGAUUUGGUACCGAUUUUCAGCUCAUGUUCAGGAUUCUUAAGGCACUUCUAUUCCUCGGUUUUACAUCAGUCAUGACUGUUCUAUUUGUAGUAUGUGGCCUCACAAUAUCUGAUGUAUUUGCUUCCAUCCUUGCCUUCUUGCCCACUGGAUGGGCAAUUCUUCUCAUUGGACAAGCACUGAGGUCAGCGUUGAAAUCUAUAGGACUGUGGGAAUCAAUAAAAGAGCUGGCAAGGGCAUACGAGUAUAUUAUGGGUCUGAUAUUGUUCAUGCCCAUAGCUAUCCUGUCAUGGUUCCCAUUUGUGUCAGAGUUCCAAACCCGGCUGCUCUUCAACCAAGCAUUCAGCAGAGGCCUCCAGAUUUCUAUGAUCCUCGCAGGAAGGAAAGAGAAAGACAUCACAUCCCAAGUCAAGUUCGCUUGAAUUUUGAAUCAUCUGAAUUUGGAUUUAUCAAAACUUUGUUGUUGCUUUAUCAUCAAACCCGUUCAAAACCUUAUUCAACAAGUCCUCUUGUGCUUUGUUUUUAUAGUAAUUUUUCUUUAAUAUACAAUUAUUUUCAUUUGGAGUUUAGCUAAUACUAAUAUUCUUGGUGAUGCUUAUGUGAAUUAGAAAGAUAACAUAUUUUCCAAGUACAAAUUAUC